UACAGAUGUGAUCAGUGUGUAAAGACCUACAACAGAAAAUGGGACCUUAAUGACCACACAAGAACCCACACUGGAGAAAAACCUUACAGAUGUGAUCACUGUGGUAAACGUUACAUGAAUAAAUGGCUCCUUAAUAACCACAUAAGAACCCACACUGGAGAAAGACCUUACAGCUGUGAUCAGUGUGGUAAAACUUUCAUGAAUAAAUGGCACCUUAAUUACCACACAAGAACCCACACUGGAGAAAGACCUUACAGCUGUGAUCAGUGUGGUAAAACUUUCAUGAAUAAAUGGCACCUUAAUAACCACACAAAAAUUCACACUGGAGAAAAACCCUACAGAUGUGAUAAGUGUGAAAAUACCUACCACAGAAGUUGGAACCUUAAUCGCCACAUGAAAACCCACAAUGGAGAACAGCCUAGAUGUGACCAGUGUGGAAGAUCCUUCACUCGUAAGUCUGACCUGAACAAGCACAUGACAAUUCACACUGGAGAAAAGCCUUACAGAUGUGAUCAUUGUGGAAAGUGUUUUAGUUGUAAUAUCCUUCUCGAUGAGCACAUUACAAUACACACUGGAGAAAAACCUUUCAGAUGUGAUCAGUGUGGAAAGACCUACACCAGAAGUUGGGACCUUAAUGAGCACAUAAGAACCCACACUGGAGAACAGACUACAUGUGAUCAGUGUGGAAAAACCUUCACUCGUAAGUCUGAUCUGAAAAAGCACAUGACAAUUCACACUGGAGAAAAACCUUACAGAUGUGAUCACUGUGGAAAGUGUUUUAGUCGUAAUUUCCUUCUUAAUGAGCACAUUACAAUACACACUGGAGAAAAACCUUUCAGAUGUGAUCAGUGUGGAAAGACCUACACCAGAAGUUGGGACCUUAAUGAGCACAUAAGAACCCACAAUGGAGAACAGACUACAUGUGAUCAGUGUGGAAAAACCUUCACUCUUAAGUGUGACCUGAAAAAGCACAUGAAAAUUCACACUGGAGAAAAACCUUACAGCUGCGAUCAGUGUGAAAAGACCUUCAAGAAGAAAGUCCAGCUUAAGGUUCACACAAGAUUUCAUACUGGAGAAAAGCUUUACAUAUGUGAUCAGUGUGGAAAUUAUUUUAUUCAUAAGUUUGGACUUAACAGGCACAUGAGAAUUCACACUAAAGAAAGGCCUUAAAAAGCCCCUACUAUGCUGGUUUUCACAUUUGAAGAGUUCAGAUGCAAAACCACUAAACGCCACCUUGGUCAAAGAGUUAAUGAUAUUAACCGAAAGCUCUUGGCAUGUAUUAUACGUUCAUCAAAUACUUCUGCUUCAAAUUUGCUUAUUAACAUCCUCAGACCAUUCAGAAAUACUGGUUUGUUUCCAGAAUCCAUUAAAAGUCUGAUAGAAAUGCUCAUUUACAAGAAAAGACAUCAGGGUGGUUCCAGACCUUUUUUAGGGGGGACUUCAGCCACCCUACAAUUAUUAAGUCUAUUAAACCAUCAAAUAGUUAGAGUGAACAAACAAACUUGGCAAGUAACAAACUGAGUGCACUCACAAAUUUUGUAUAUGAUUAUGAAACAUACAAAUUAGAUUAGACUAUAUUCAACAUUCAAUGACAUGUUUGCUUUUAUAGAUGCAUAUAUAAUGUUUAUAUAAAGUUUAUAUAUAUAUGAAGGUCAAACACUACAGGCAAAAUAGCUACUCUUGAGCAUACUGGUCAAGUUAUAGUUUUUGGGUUAUUUUGCUUCUAUAACAUGUAUAAUUAAACACCGAUAAUAUUAAAAUGUCUAAAGCGCACAUUAAAGGUGCAGUGAAUCAGUAGUUUUUAUUGUUUUAUACUGUUGUCUGAGAUCUACUUAUGAUGAAUGCAUGGUUUUUACAUUCAAAAACAUCAAAAUAAAUAAGAAAUAGGGUUUUUUGUCCCCUAGAUUUGAGGCUUACUCCUGAAACUGAUGCAGCGACUGUGUUCUUCCACAACCAGGCACGGUACAAUAUUUUGCAGCCUUAAACGUCAUGUUUGUUGUAUGGACUAUUUGGUUUAUGCAAACCAGUGGUUGGGGCUUCCGAAUUAGACAUUAAGUGGAGGGGUGUUUAAAAAUCGACUGCUUUGUCGUAACUUGGCACAUUCCUGAACCUGCCAUUUUCUGGGCUUGGUGUCAUUAUAUAUAAAUUUGUUUUUUGAGUCAAUUAUGAAAAUAGUUUGUGAAGACCAAAAUAAGAAUGUUUUCGUGCACUCGUUUUUUGCUUAAUAUACAGAAAAUACUUCUUAAGUACUUAUUAAAAUUAAUUUAAUAACAUGGAAGUUACUCCGUGCUAUUUUGAGACACCAUGAAAAUGAAUUUAAAUGUGCUAAAAAUGUAUUUAAAAUAUUUAUUUUGGUACCAUUUUUAGUAAACUUGAACUCAUCUUUCAAACAAAGAUGGGUUCAAGUUUACUACAAGUGGUAACCUAAUACAUUUUUAAAGGGACACUCGUUUGAUUUGUACCAUUUUGGAAUAAAUUCAGCCGAUCUCCGGGUCUGGCGCUACCACUUUUAGCAUAGCUUAGCAUAAUCCAUUGAAUCUGAUUAGACCAUUAGCAUCGCGCUCAAAAAUAACCAAAGAGUUUUGAUAUUUUUACCAUUUAAAACUUGACUCUUCUGUAGUUACAUCAUGUACUAAGACCGAUGGAAAAUUAAAAGUUGCAAUUUACUGGGCCGAUAUUGCUAGGAACUAUACUCUCAUUCUGGCGUAAUAAUCAAGGACUUUGCUGCCGUAACAUGGCUGAUGCAGGCACAAUGAU